UAAUAUCUAUUUUUAGUUUAGUAUAUUUAAGAAAUAUAUUUCAAUAUUAAUUUUUGAUAAAUUUUACUAUAAGAGAAUUGUAAAUCGAUAGCGCAUGUCAAAAAUUGAAAGUUGAUGCACCUGCUAUUUGCACGUGGUGUAGUGGGGAUUGCAAUUGGUUUGAAGGAAGUUGCCUCGUAUAAAAAGACAGCAACGCACUGUAAGUCUCAGUAUCGUGCAAGAUUGUUAAUCGUGAUUUGAAAUCUGUCGCUUCUGAUAUAAAAACUUAAUUUUUUGAUCGAAUUUACAUCAAAAUCAACAAAAUGUCAUGGGAAGAGCCAUUAGUCGUCGAGAUGGUGUAUCUUUACGAAAAAGAAAAUGCAAAAUUGCAUCACACUAUCAAUUAUGAAUUAGUACAUCUCGAUCCUCCAGCUGCUGUCCUCAGACGAGGACAAUCUUUCCAUAUCGCCUUGAGAUUCAAUCGAGAAUAUGUAGAUGAAAUAGACAUCGUUAGAUUGCUAUUUAGUUUUGGACCAAAUCCGAAUGUUCUUAGAGGAACUAGAGGAGUGAACACCAUCACCAAUAGAGAUAGUUAUUUGACAGAUUUAGAGGCAUGGGGUGUGCGUUUGAUAGGUGUUAGUGGCGUGGAUUUAUCAGCGGAAGUAAGAAGUCCUGUAGAUAGUCCCGUUGGCAUGUGGCAAUUAAAUAUAGAGACCACUAUCGUGGGCAGCAAGAGAUCUCCAAAUACCUACAAUUAUGACAAGGAUAUUUAUUUGCUGUUUAAUCCCUGGUUGAAAGAGGAUUUAGUUUACAUGGAAGAUGAACAACUUCUGGAUGAAUAUAUUCUAAAUGAUGUUGGAAAAAUUUGGGUCGGAGCAUGGGGAAGUGCACGCGGUAGAGAGUGGAUAUUCGGUCAAUUCGAUGCAUAUGUGCUUAAAGCUUGUCAGUUACUAUUAGAAAGAUCUGGUAUCAAAGCUAAUUCCAGAGGAGAUCCGAUUCAAAUGUGUAGAGCUAUUUCGAGAAUCGUAAACUCCAACGAUGACAAAGGAGUAGUGACUGGUCGAUGGGAUGGCGAUUAUCAAGAUGGUACUGCGCCGGCUGCUUGGACCGGAAGUGUACCAAUUCUCGAGCAAUUCCUGGAAACAGGAGAAUCCGUCAAAUACGGUCAAUGUUGGGUAUUCGCCGGUGUCGUGACCACUGUUUGUCGUGCUCUAGGGAUACCAUCGAGAGUGGUCUCAAACUUGGUAUCGGCUCACGAUGCGAACGCCUCGCUCUCUGUCGAUCGUUAUUACAGCAAGGAUAACGAGGAACUCGAGUACGAUCCGAACAAUCUCGAAGGCGAAGACUCCAUUUGGAAUUAUCACGUUUGGAACGAUGUCUGGAUGGCUAGGCCUGACUUGCCCAAAGGGUAUGGUGGUUGGCAAGCGAUCGACUCAACGCCCCAAGAACCUUCAGAGGGUGUUUAUCAGUGUGGACCAGCUUCGGUCGAAGCAAUUAAACAAGGGGUUGUCGGAUAUAAUUACGACGUGACGUUUAUGCUGGCUUCCGUAAAUGCUGAUCUCAUGAGGUGGAUAGAGGAUCCUGACAGCGAGAUGGGAUUCAGGAAGAUCGACUGCAAUAAAUACCACAUUGGUCGGAUGAUUUUGACAAAAGCUCCUUGGGUCUAUGAUCCCAAUGGAGACAGAGAUAGAGAAGAUAUAACACCUUUGUAUAAAGCAAAAGAAGGAACGGAAUUUGAGCGAUUAACGUUGUACAGAGCCGUACGCAGUACGGAACUGGCCAAAAGAUUUUAUUCCUUGCCGUCACCAGCUAAAGAAGACGUUGAAUUUGAUCUUGUGGACAUUGAACGAGUGAACAUUGGUCAACCAUUUGCAGUAAUAGUGAAUAUAAAGAAUAAAUCGAACGAGAAACGUACUAUUCAAGCUAUUUUAUCCGCUGGCAGCGUAUAUUAUAAGGGAAUCAAGGCACAUCUGGUAAAGAGAGCAUCUGGUGAUUUCGUUCUCGAACCACAUGCCAGCGAACAGUUAAGACUCACGAUCACGGUUGACGAUUAUUUGGACAAAUUAGUGGAAUAUUGCAAUAUGAAAUUGUAUUCCAUUGCCACAGUAGUUGAAACUAAACAAACAUGGGCUGAUGAAGAUGAUUUUCAAGUUUUGAAACCAAAUAUUGUAGUCAAGAUCGAUGGAGAACCUACAAUAGGAAAACCAUCAAUUAUCAGUCUUAGAUUUAAAAAUCCUUUGCAAAGGGUAUUGACAGACUGUAAAUUCAAUUAUGCUGGUCCAGGAUUAACAAGAAACAAAACACUAGCAUUCAGAGACGUUGAUCCUGAAGAAGACGUAUAUGUAGAACAUCAAUUGGUUCCUCAAAAGGCUGGAUCGCAAAAGAUCAUUGCCACUUUCACUUCGAAAGAGCUAGUAGAUGUCACAGGAUCCGCUGUCAUUGAUGUUCUUGAUAUGGACGAAUAAAAUUCUUCAAAUUUGAACGAUAUCAAUCUCAUUUUCAUCUUUGAAUAAUAAAUAUUUUGUAAAUCGAUAUCUUUAAGUGUUACGCGUUCCAUUAUUAUGAUUAUAGAAAUACAUAGUUUUUUUUAGAGAUCGAUAAAUAUAAGUUGAUGGCUGUAAAAAUAUUUGAAAAUAUUGAAGAUACAUUGUUGGAAUGGAUUACGUAAUUAAAAGUUGACAUCUUAUAUGAGGAAAGAAAUUAUGUAAUGGAAAAAAAUAGCAUGGAACUAAAUAUAUAUAGUAUUCGUCAUGUACAUUAAUUUUUUCAGUAAAUUUGUUCUUUAAUGUUUAAAUAUUAUAAUAUUUUUUUUAAAGAACAAGAUUACCAAGAAAAUUAAUGUAAAUAUUUAUAUUUUUAAUCGUGAGAUAUUAAGUUUUGUAAUUUGUUAUUUUGUAUACGUGAUAUAUAUUGUGCAUUUAAAAAAUGAUUUAUAAUAUAUCGUUUUGCAUGUUUUAUGAUACAUAUCAAUAAAAAUAAUAUCUAGAUAUUAAAUCUUUAUGUAUAUUCUAAUUUGUGUAGUUAUAUUUAGAUAUCUUAUUUAAAUAAACAUCAUAUAAUAUUGGUUAAA